AAGAUAGCCGUAUGAACAACCGUAAAAACAAAAGAGGCUUCGUUUCAGUGUCUCCAUCUCAACUUCCGCUGUGCAGAACAAUGCAGGCGUCGCGCGGGGCUGAUGCGGGGCUGAUGUGGAGCUGUCCGCGGUGCUGAACCGCCGCUGUCCGCGGUGCUGAAAUCGAGCGCUUCGGUCCCACAGUGACAUUCAUCGACGUGAAUGUAAGAUCAGCGGAGGGCAUUCGCAUCUAGCCUGCGUGGAAAGGAUGAGGAGAGUUUUCAUGCCCACACCGCUGCUCAUAUUGGGCUGUUUCGGAGCGUCGUGGGUCUUGGUUGACAGUUUGGCUGCUCCAGUUAAUGUGUCCAUUAGAGAUCUGAAGGGCAGCUCUGCUGUGGUGACAUGGGACAUCCCAGACGGGGAGCCAGUCAUUGGAUUUGCCAUCACACAACAGAAAAAAGACGUUCGCAUGCUGCGCUUUAUCCAGGAAGUGAACACUACCACGCGGAGCUGUGCAUUGUGGGAUCUGGAGGCAGAUACGGACUAUAUAGUGCAUGUUCAGUCUAUCAGUAUAAGCGGGCCAAGUCCCCUCAGUGAACCGCUGCAGUUCAAAACCCCCAAAGAAGCUGAAACACAGGCAUCUAAGAGCAAAGACGAAGUGACCAUGGAAGAAGUGGGUCAGAACGCUCAGCUCCGAGCAGGAGAGAUCAUCAUCAUCGUGGUGGUUCUGAUCAUGUGGGCAGGAGUGAUCGCGCUCUUCUGCCGUCAGUACGACAUCAUCAAAGACAACGAGCCCAACAAUAACAAGGACAAAGCCAAGAACUCGUCCGAGUGCAGCACCCCUGAGCAUCCAUCAGGCGGGCUGCUGCGCAGUAAGGUAUAACCGCUGCCCAGCGAAAGGCCAGACCACACUAGGCAGGGGGGAAAACAGACUGUAACGGAGCCGACGAGACGUGAGGCGUACAGAUCCAUGUGCAAGCUUUUAUUUAGAAACAUAGUCAAACACAGGCAGGGUCAAACAUCAGCAAACAGGUAUGGCACAGGCAAGACAAAAGAGCAGUCCUAAACGGGCUUGAGUCAGACGACAGCAAACGUAAUCCAGAGGGCUUGACAAAAGGGGCAAUCUGUAAACGUGAGCAUAAAUCCAGGUGAGGAGCAAACACAGUCCGAAACAGCAAGCAAAGGGUUAAUCCAAGAUACGUGGCAAGAAUCAGGAA